CUUGCAACCACCUUCACUUUCACCACACACGAUUCGCUAGACCGUGGCAGCUACUGAAAGGUAGCUCGUCAUAUCUGCGCAUUCGAAGCGCAGGCUGAGAACAGGGUCGAUCGAAUAAGAGGGAGCAGGCGAAAAGAGCUGCGAAAAUGUCGUUCCGCGGACGAGGUGGAGACCGCGGUGGUCGCGGUGGAUUCAGAGGCGGUGCGCGCGGUGGCAGAGGAGGUUUCCAGCAGUCAUACGGUCCUCCAGACCAAGUCUACGAAAUGGGCAGCUUCCUGCACGCAACCGAGGGCGAAAUGGUCUGCGAAUCCAUCAACGUUAAAAUUCCCUACUUCAACGCCCCCAUCUACCUCGAGAACAAGACGCCCGUGGGAAAAGUCGAUGAAAUCCUCGGACCACUGAACCAGGUCUUCUUCACGAUCAAGCCGCAAGAAGGCAUCCAGGCCACGAGCUUCAAGAGCGGAGACAAAUUCUACAUUGGAGGCGAUAAGCUAUUACCGCUGGAGAAGUUCUUGCCAAAGCCCAAGCCACCGCCAGGAGCACCAAAAGUGAAGAAGCCAAGAGGUGCAGGCGGUGCCGGACGCGGUGGACGAGGCGCGCCAAGAGGUCGCGGAGCACCAAGAGGGCGGGGCGGUGACCGCGGAGGUUUCAGCCGAGGUGGUGCACGAGGUGGUGGUCGCGGGUUCUCUGGAUCUGGCGGUUUCAGCCGAGGUGGCAGCAGAGGUGCGCCUCGAGGCAGAGGUCGGGGAUAUUAGGAAAAGACGCGAUUCACGAGACAUUGGCUAGGCGUUUGGCGUUUCAAGAGAGAAGGGAGUCCGAGGCGCGAAAAUGCCAGUAUUGAUUGUUUUGACGCAAUAUGGGCUGGCAGCUACGUCCUCUGCGCGUUCACAAAAGCUGACGAGACCAGGGAGUAUGGGCUCGUAGUGUGUCGCUAUUGUAGCUAUACGACUUGUACAAUUCUACAACCCAGCCCCAUUUCCCACUCAAUUCUUACUCAAUUGUCCUUCAGUUCUAUGCGGCCUUCACAGAGCGCGUCCACAAGGGAGGAAACCCGGACGCUAC